UGAACCGCCUCCAGAUAUUGCGUGGUGAGCCCCUCCUGAUCGCCCUCCUGCGUCGGUCUCUGAUUUCCUUGUCAGUGUGUGACGGUGCUUGUGAUUUUGCAAUGGCAUUUGAGCUCCGCGGGUUCCUCGACGCAAGGCAGAUCAGGUGACUGUUGUUUCUUUGUUCUGAAAUGUAGCUGAGUUAGCAUAUGUCGGAUGAUCAGUUCAGUUCAGUUAGAACAGUGUACUUUGAUGAGCUUCAUGCACUUUCUGUUUUAAGGAUUCAUUUGAGAUAGUGCAGUCAUAUUAGCUUCUGCACAUGGAGUGCCCAUUCAGCAUUGAGUGAGAAAAUUCAAUUUUCUGGAGUUUUGUUCUUGACUAGGUUGUGAAUUACUCCCGCUGUUCCGUAAUAUAUGUCGUUUAAGCAUUUCCCGUGUAAAUCUCGCAACGUUACGAGAAUUUUCUAUUUUCUGAAAAUACCCUCGCUCUCUGAAACUCCCUCGCCCUCCACACGAUGACACGAUUCGCUAGUGUAACCCACGCACGAAACGCAGGUCGAUUCAUUCCUUCCACCCCCUUUGACAUCGCUGCCACCGCCAACCAACGCGCACAUCGCCGUCGACCUCCUCCCUCGCCCCACCCCCUUCCCCUCUCGGGAGAAGAGGGAGUUCGGGCCACCAUGCCAGACCCGUCCAGAACUGGCCGACGACCACAACACAUCGUCGUCAAAAACGGCUUCUUCCACCUCCACGAAAUGUGCUCGCUCGCGCGCCGGGACAGGACCCCAGCUCGCCCGUCCACCCCCAGAUCCACAACUCCCAUGACGACGUGCUCCUUCUGCAGAAGUGGAGGAGGGAGGGCAUAGGUGGAGAAGGGAGGCGGAGGGGCUGCUGCCCAUUGCUGGCUGAGGAUCUGGCGGCCAGAGGUGGAGGGCGGAGGGGCUGCUGCCCGCUGCUGGCUGAGGAUCUGGCGGCCAGAGGUGGAGGGCGGAGGGGCUGCUGCCCGCUGCUGGCUGAGGAUCUGGCGGCCAGAGGUGGAGGGCGGAGGGGCUGCUGCCUUCGUGCUGGCUGAGGAUCUGCCGGCCAGAGGUGGAGGUGGGGGUGGAGGAAGAAGACGACGGAACGGUAACCUGGUCUUUUAUCUGCUUUUUCACCUGGUCGGAAGUGAAAUCGAACGGCUGAGCGAGCCGUUGAUGCCACUUAAGAAAUCAGUAACCUUUUCCCAAGCAAAAAAGGGCUUGUAGGCCCGGGAUGGGGUUCGCGUUGGGGCUUUCUGGCCCUGAACGUUUUUUGUUCGAUCGAUGCCAAGGAGAUAUCUGGGUCCAAGAAAAAAAAAUCACAUACGAAUCCGGAGUCUAUCGAAGUGUCGGAAGCUACGCACGAUGAAACCGUGUACAAGACGUAGCUUGGCACGUAGCUUGGUGUUUUACGGGAGUAUAUUAUAAAUACCAAUCAUAGCUUUCUUUCCUCCCUUUAGUUGAAGCUAGGUGUAAUCAAUAUGUUCCUAAAUUUAGAUUCAGUCUAUUUCAAUUCGAUCAAUCUAGCUAGCAUAUUCAGCUCCUCCGCGCUUGUCGGCAACAUGCCGCCGCACACAUCAUCAACCAUUGUUGCGGAAGGUGUGUCUUGGUCUCACGUGCUCACAAUUCGGGGAUACUCUUAUACCCUCGGAUUUGGCGUCGGCGAGGCUAUUCCAGCUGGCUUGUUACGCGUUGGAGGACAUAUCUGGUGCAUCGCUUACCACCCUGAUGGUUUCAACACAGAUUCUAUCGACUGUAUAUCUUUUUCUCUAUUUCUUCAUGAGGCCGAUGUUGUUGACGACGAUGAUGAUGUUGAUGCUCAGCGACCUAUCAGGAUAAGAUGCAGGUUUAGCCUGCUGGACCAUGUGGGUGAACCGGUGCCAAAUCACACGACACCAUACACGACGUCCAUAUGCUAUAAGCGUCGGCAGGGAAUUACGUCUCACAGGUUCAUCACAAGGGCCGAUUUGGAAAACUCAACGCAUCUUAAAGACGAUUGUUUCAGCAUCAAAUUCGAUAUCAGCGUCACCAAGUUUAUCCGAAAGCCGCCCACAACACAAGAAUUUGUGAUGGUGCCGCCUUCUGACAUGGCUCAUCAAUUUGGUCGUAUUUUGGAGACCGGGGAGGUUGGGGACGUGACUUUUGAGGUCCGUGGAGAGACCUUUGUGGCGCACAGGCACUUGCUCGCUGCUCGAUCCGCCGUGUUCAUGGCGCAGCUGUUUGGUCCGAUGAAGGAGAAUGAUGCAAAGUGUAUACAGAUUGAUGAUAUGGAAGCCAAAGUUUUCAAGAUGAUGCUCCACUUUAUUUACACGGACGCACUGCCUAGCAUAGAUGAAGGUGAAAUCACGGAGAUGGCUCAACAUUUGUUUGUGGCGGCGGACAGGUAUAAUCUGGAGAGGCUCAAAUUGAUUUGCGCGAAUAUCUUGUGCAACCAUAUGGAGGUAAAUACGGUGGCAACUACAUUGGCACUUGCUGAGCAGCAUGGUUGUGACAAGCUUAAGGAGGUGUGCUACAGGUUCCUCACGUCUUUCCAAAAUUUGAAGGCGGUCACGCUGAGUGAUGGCUUUAGGCAUCUCAAGAUCAUUUGCCCCAAUAUUCUAGAGGACCUACUCGGUCGUUAGGCUGUUGACGAUCCUUGAUCUUGUUCCCUUUCUACUUUUCCUUAGAAAGAGAUAAGGAUGGUGUAAUUAUUAUGUGGACAAAGCUAGCAAUCCAGCCUUUUCGUUUCUAA